CUGUGGUGUGAUGACCCAUACAACGCCGGGAUAUUCAGUUGCACGCACGAUGAGUAAGUGACCUUCGAAGAAAAAUAAAAGCCCCUGCAAUUCCGCCUAGUAUAAAGUGACAAAAUUCUGCGACAGAGUUAUAAUAUUGCAAACAUCUACGGUGUACGGGUGAGAGCUGAUUCUUAAGAGCAUCAAUAAGCAGAAGCAGUAUACUGUAAAACCACUCUACUUUCAAUCUUAAUAUUUUUUGUAGUUUGGGACAGAUACAUUAUAUUGCCGUGCUCACACGGUGAGCCGAAGUUUUGAGAGGAAUCAUCGGAAUAAAGCUGCAUUGGGCCUACAGCUGACUUUGUCUAUAUCUAGAGCUCAUCUGAACUCAUAAAACCACAACUCGUAAAGAAAAUGGAGCUGAACCUCGCAGACAACGAGAGAAUGUCGCCGAACCACUCGAAUCACUCGAUCCUGGGCGUGAUGAAGGGCUUCAUCGACGCCGUGAACGAGAUGGAUGAGACGGUACUGAUCCCCAGUCGACUCAUGGACAUGCAGGUCGAGCCCAACACAUUGGCCCUGCAACAAACCACCGGAGAUACCAGCCCCACCACCAAGGCAGACCUGGCCGUCAUCCCCGCCAACUGUGCCCAGGACUCGGUCAGCCUACACGCCUGCUACGCCAUGCUCAAAGCCGUCAAGUCGGAGCUGAUCAGGGGACCGAUUUCCGAAGAGGAACGGCUGGCAGCCGAAGAGGAUGCGGACAAGGAGAACAUCGGGGCCGACAGCAACCGUAGUCUGGAGGAGGCCACCGCACGGGCCUUCAGAGAACAUUUGAUCGGGCUGUUUUCAGUACUCCAACAGCUCACCAACGUCAGCAAGAAACUGACCACCAAGUACCAAGAAGAACUGGGCGACUAUCAGUCGUGUUUUAAACCCAAGUCGUCAUCGUCAUUUUUGAUGUGAAACACUGGAUUUUUUGUAUACCGCAGAACUUUGCAAAACUGUGCAAUGAAACUUUGAAAGGAGUUUUCUACUGUAUACGUGUAUAUUUUUUGUUGGACUUCUCAAACUCUCUUUUUUUUUGUUGGACUUCUCAUUUCGGCCUUUGAAGUGGGAAUACAGAACUUUACAAAUUUUGUGAAACUAAAUCUGUUACAGUGUUAGACUAAACGUUAGUUUUUGUAAAUUUUUAUGGUUACAACUUGCGUUGUUAUUAACGCCCGACGGUCAACAUGCUAAAAUUGCCGACUUAAAAUUUGUAAGAUCUAUAUGGAAUAUUUAUUUUUUGUUUGCAAAUGUUUAUAUUUAUUAAUAUUGAAUCAAAAUCCCAGCAUGCACAUUGGUGAAAAUUAUUUUGAAAAUAUCAAUGCGAUAAUAUGACACAAAAUGGCAAACCAGUUUCCAAAUGCUGAGCCACUUAUAAAAAAAAUAUUUCCAAAUUCACCUGCUUAAUUUGUGUUAAGUGUUACAUACUAAAUCGCACAAAAAUAAAUGGGUACUGAAGUAUUUUUGUACAAAUUUUCGUUGUAUUCACGAUACUCAACAGUUGGAAAUGAAACAUUGUGACAUGUUUUUCAUGAGAUAUAUUUUGGAGACUAAAAUGCAUGACACAUGUAUUGGACAGGACUCCAAUUACAUGUAGAACUGUUUCAGAACUGUUCAAAUAUAUCUCAAGGAAAAGUAAUCGAAAGUGAUAGUGAAAAUGCACAAAAAAAAUCUUCAUUGGCCUCUAGUGUUUUGUUUAAAUUGUACAGGGAACUUUGCCCAUUGUUUUGUACAGAAUAAAAUUGAGAAAAUCUACAGUGAAAUGAA